AUGUGGCGGGAGCCGGCAGAGGCAGACUCCUACAGAACUGCCACCGAGAAGGAUCGGUCUGCUACGGCGCGCUCGUCCAUCCGUCGCCAGCCCACCAUCCGUCGCCCGUCGCGCUACACUGGCUCGUCAUCUCACGCGCGGGGCGCCAGCGUUCUGUCAUCCUUGCCUUCGCAGAUUCUCGAUGAGAUCCAUCGCGGAAUGAUCGAGUCGCCCUCUGAUGUGCGUUCUCCGGUCUUGAAUCUGGGUGUUAGCGAAGAUGGGAUCGAUCUCGACACGAGCAGACGUGACGCUCUGCGGAACGAACGCGCUGCUCGCAGACUAGACGCUCUGAGUGCUCCAACCCGACAUCCGCGUACCCGUCAACGCCAAUCCAAUACAAGGUGGCGCUGGGAUUGGUCGGCUCGCGAUCAAUCACUUGACCGCCUGCUCCCAAGUUCAAGGAUUCGCUGGGCGGCUCACGAGCAACCAUCCGGCGCCUUGGUUGUCCGCUCAGAUCCUCCUCCUGCCCAACCUCCGUCGCAAAAUGCGCCCUUGACCCCUCACUUUGCGCCGGCGCUCUCCUACUACACGACGGUCUCCUCGCACUCGCCGUCGGAAUCGGUCCGUCUUCCGCCUCUGCGUCGGACAGAGAGUCGUAGCGAUGACCGGGUCAACUACAAUGCGGCUAGAUUGCAGGAGUUUGAAGAGUUCCAGGAAGGUUAUCGCGCCGGUCUUGAAUCCGCUGGCGUUGACCCUUACUCCUGGCAUGGAGAGCCUCUUGUUGAUGGGCUCGGUGAUCGUGAGCGAAGUAUGAGCCCGGCUGAUGAGCGCGGAACCGAUGCGUGGGAAACCUUGCUGUCGACGAUCACGCCGGACGCUACACUCCCCUCGAACAGCACCUCGUUUGCUUCCAACUCCGCUUCUACAACCGAUGCCUCUCGCAAUGGAACCUCUCGAACAUCCGCCAACUCGUCGUCGCAGACUCUCCCGACCUCCCUGAGCUCUUCGCGGACCGCUCCCACCGGACUUGAUCCGUACCCGGAUCAUCUCCAUCCCUGCGACUUUUCUUCGUCGGACGAGGAAGAUACCCCUGUCAACUACCGCCGCGUGCCCGGCCCGUCUGGCCGAUCUGUCUCUCUUCGCCGCUCUCCGGGUCUGCCGUCGACCAUGAGCAGCGGUCCUCCCAUUCCUACCUUCUCCUUCUCCUUCUCGGACUCCUCCAGCGACCCCGAUCUCCACCCCGAUCUCCAUCAGAUGCAGGCCAUCCUAGAUCGACUGGCUCGGCGGGAGGAUAUUCCGGAUGAUUGGUGGGCGGCAGCUGGUCUGUCGCGCAUCAUCGGUCGUGGCCUCCGUGCUAGCGCUAAUAUGACCGAAAACGGCGCUGAAAGCGCGCCCCGUCCUGCUCGCUGA